UCUACCGCCUGGCACAGUGCCAUAUCGACGCUUGUUCGCUCCGCAACGAUCGUGAAAGUGAGCCACUCUCAACUGUAUCUCGAAAUACUCGUGCAACGUGAAUCGUGACUCCAAGUAAACAAGAGAGAUUGAGGCCGGCUUGAGAGAAACGGACACUGCAUGCGUAGCGUGUAAAGAAAUAUAAACCCACCACCACCAGUUCGAGGACAACAAUUGUAUCGCAUACUCCAUUAGCAGCGAACCGGUUGGUUAACGUGUCUGCCAUUUGUAGUCAGACGAGUGAUUGCGGUGCAUCAGUAAACAGCAAGCAAUAGAAGUGAUCAUCUGACGUGUCCUCGGUUGAUCGUGUAAAGCAUUUUGUAAGCUCAAGUGAUUCACGCCGUAGUUCCCGAUCGGUGUUAUUCCUGAUUGCUUCCAAUCGGUAGUAACCUUCAUUUUCCUAUCAGCAAUGUCGUGGUAUUAUGUGCCUGUACCUACCGUACGUCCGGCGGAAAAUUUCAACCCAUCCGAAGACGCGGCCGCACUCCGUAAAGCGAUGAAAGGUUUCGGUACCGAUGAACAGGCGAUUAUCAACAUACUUUGCUCGCGGAGCAACUAUCAACGCCUGCAGAUUAUAGACGCGUUCAAACGGGACCUGAACCGUGAUCUCUUGAAAGACCUAAAGUCGGAACUGAGCGGUAAAUUUGAGGAUGUAAUCGUCGGUUUGAUGAUGCCCCCGUUGAACUAUCUCUGCAAACAGCUGUACAAGGCGAUGGAUGGCAUCGGCACGGAUGAGAGUACACUCAUCGAGAUUCUGUGCUCGCAGGAUAACGAAACGAUGCACGCAAUUUCACGUAGAUACGAAGAGAUGUACGAUCGACCGCUGGCUGAACACGUCUGCUCGGAAACGUCCGGUAACUUCCGGAAAUUGUUGACGCUUAUAAUUACCGGUACGCGGGAUCAGAAGGAUGUUACCAAUCCGGACCUAGCCGUUGAACAAGCCAAGAGCCUUUAUAACGCUGGAGAAGGAAAAUGGGGCACCGAUGAGUCGGUGUUUUAUAAAAUUCUGGCCCAUGCCUCCUUUAGCCAGUUGUCCAUUGUGUUCGAUGAGUACAAGAAGCUUACCGGCCGAACCAUCGAACAGGCAUUGAAGGCGGAGGUGUCUGGCGAUUUCUACGAAGCCUUGAGCGCGAUCGUCGAAUGCGUCCAGAUGGCGCCACAUUUCUUCGCCAAAAAACUGUUCUUGGCUAUGGACGGUCUCGGUACGGACGAUAAAACGCUGAUCCGAAUCAUCAUCAGCCGAGCGGAAAUUGAUUUGCAGAAUAUCAAGGAUGAGUUUGAACAAAUGUACAACAAAACUCUUCUCAGCAUGGUGAAGAACGAAACAUCCGGUGACUACAAACGUGUUCUUUGUGCGUUGAUUGGCGAUGCAUGAUCAAUCCAUCAAUAUGCAGAACUAUGAGUUAAACCCAACAAAACCAUUUAUUUUAAAUAAUAUGUAAACUGUUUUUACUGGAUUCGCCUGGAACCUAAUUUUACAUUUUACGCAGGACAAAUGGUCAUCGGAAUGGGAUUUAUAUCCUAUAAGUGCCAAUGUAUGUAUCAACGGAAGUCUACCAUUCACAUUCUUUCUAGCAUGACAAUGAACAAUGUAUUAUUUACAUGUAGUACUGUUUCUGAUAUAUGUUAAUAAAAUAAGAUUCUGUCCACGGCAGAAUAUACAGUGCA